AUGGCGGCCCCCAUGGUCCCGACUACAUUUGGGAGAGGGACCGUACGGCACUUCCGUUCGGGUGCAGCUAUUUCACCAGCGGGCGCUGCGCGGGCUUCGGGGAUGGGGUUCCGCGGCCUGGCGCGGCUGCACGGGCUCUUCGCAGUCUACAAGCCCCCGGGGCUGAAAUGGAAGCACGUGCGGGACACCGUGGAGCUGCAGCUUCUGAAGGGUGUCAAUGCUGGGAAGGCUCCCGCUCCUGAGCAGCGUGUUCGUUUCCUGCUGGGCCCCGUGGGGGACGGUGAAGAGAAGGCGCUUACUCUCACCGCCACCAGUGUGCCCACCCUCACCAACCAUCCGCUGGUCUGUGGACCAGCAUGCACCAGCCUGAAGAUUGGCGUGGGACACCGGCUGGAUGCCCAAGCAUCUGGGGUGCUUGUGCUCGGCGUGGGACAUGGACGCAGGCUUCUCACCAGCAUGUACAACGCUCACCUCACCAAGGAUUACACAGUACAGGGCCUCCUGGGCAAAGCCACAGAUGACUUCUGUCACGAGGGGCGGCUGGUGGAGAAGUCCACAUAUGAUCAUGUGACCAGAGAGAAGCUGGACCGAAUCCUGGCCCUGAUCCAGGGUUCCCAUCAGAAGGCCCUGGUGAUGUACUCCAACCUGGACUUGCAGACCCAGGAGGCCUAUGAGAUGGCUGUGAGAGGCUUGAUCCGGCCCAUGAACAAGUCCCCAAUGCUGGUAACGGCCAUCCAGUGCAUCCACUUUGCGCCUCCGGAAUUCCUCAUACAGGUGCAGUGCAUGCAUGAGACACAGAAGCAGCUGAGAAGGCUGGUACAUGAGAUCGGCCUGGAGCUGAAGACCACCGCCGUCUGCUCCCAAGUGCGGCGCACACGGGAUGGCUUUUUCACCCUAGACGAUGCCCUCCUGAGGACCCAUUGGGACUUACAUAGCAUCGAGGAUGCCAUCCAGGCUGCAGCUCCCCGGGUGGCUGCAGAGCUGGAGAGGAGCUUGGGGCCAGGGCUGGGCACCCAGCAGCUUCAGGAUCCUGGCCGGCCCUGGGACUCUAGGGGGCCGAGCUCUGCCUUGGGGCUGGAAAGCUGUGCUGGGCAUUGACAGACCCCGCGGCUGGCAGGACAGUGGAUGGAUAAGAAUUGUUCAUGAGCUGGAACAGCUUACUGUGGAAUACAAGAGUAAGGGAAGCUUUUCUACAUGUGACAGAAAAUUCUGAAACUGUAUGAAAGAAGAUCAACAGACUUGACCCCACGGAAAAGGAAAAACUUUUCCUAUGGAGGAACAGAUGAUAAGUGAUAAGACAGAUCAAAAUACUUGUAAUAUGUUUAAGAAGGAAUAUCCAGGGACGCCUGGGUGGCUCAGUGGGUUAAACGGCUGCCUUCGGCUCAGGUCAUGAUCCCAGGGUCCUGGGAUCAGGUCCCACAUUGGGCUCCUUGCUCAGCGGGAAGCUGCCUCUCCCUCUGCCUGCCACUCUGUCUGCCUGUGCUCACUCUGAGAAAUAAAUUAAUAAAAUCUUAAAAAAAAAAAAAUGGGGGUGCCUGGGUGACUCAGUGGGUUGAGGCCUCUGCCUUCGGCUUGGGUUGUGGUCCUGGGGUCCUGGGAUCGAGCCCCACACCGGGUUCUCUGCUCUGCAGGGAACCUGCUUCCUCCACUCUCUCUGCCUGCCUCUCUGCCUACUUGUGACCUUUCUCUGUCAAAUAAAUUAAACAAAAAGAAGAAGAAGAAUGAAUAUCCAGGGGCACCUGGGUGGCUCAGUCAAGCUCAGAUCAUGAUCCCAGGGUCCUGG